AUGGCUGCGGUGAGGUUCCAGCUUCUCCAAGGAACAGUCCUAACCUGGCUGCUUCUGAUCCUGCCCAUGCCCUCAAGUUCCUCCCUUCAAGCUAAGAGAUCGAAUGGGAGAUGCAUCACAAGUGAGAGGGAUGCGCUGCUCUCAUUGAAGGCCGGCUUAUUAGAUCCCGGGGGCCAACUCUCAUCAUGGCAGGGAGAGGAUUGCUGCCAGUGGAAGGGUGUUCACUGCAGCAACAGAACCAGCCAUGUUGUCAAGCUCGAUCUCCAUGGUGACGUUGGUCAUUCGGAGAACGCACUGGGAGGUGAGAUGAGCUCCUCCUUAGUUGAAUUGCAACAUCUGAAGUAUUUAGACUUGAGUUGUAACUACUUCAAUGGUUCAAGCAUCCCAAAGUUUAUUGGCUCCCUUAAAAAUCUUGAAUACCUCAACCUUUCCUUUGCGCAAUUUUUGGGGAGAAUACCUCCGCAGCUAGGUAAUCUAUCCAACCUCGUCUAUCUUGAUCUCGGGAACAAUUAUUACUGCAGCUAUCUAUACUCAGACAGCCUUAUAUGGGUGUCACAUCUUUCCCAACUGAAGUACCUUGACAUGAGCUGGGCGAAUCUUAGCGCCGCAGUAGACUGGAUUUAUGGAAUUAGCAGCCUUCCAUCACUAGAAGUUCUUUAUCUAAGUGUCAGCGAUCUAAGAAACACAAAUACCAUUCUCAGCCAUUCUAAUCUAACAGCACUUAAGGUAUUGGACAUCAGCUACAACUCCUUUCAUACUACAAUUUCUCCCAGUUGGUUUUGGCACAUAAGGACAUUGACUUAUCUUGGCCUCUCCUCAUCUGGCUUCCAAGGCCCAAUUCCUUAUGAGAUGGGAAAUAUAACCUCACUUGAGCAAGUUUAUAUAGGUGACAACAAUAUUACGAGUAUGAUACCACCAAAUUGGGAGAACCUAUGUAACUUGAAGAUUAUGGAUCUUUCAUUUAAUAAUAUCACUGGGGAUAUAGGUGAUUUGAUGGACAGGCUUCCAAAAUGUUCAUGGAACAAGCUGUACGUGUUGGACUUUUCCUAUAACGAAUUGGCCGGGAACCUUCCAAAUUGGUUACAGCCUCUAAAGAAUCUGACUUCCUUAAAUUUGUAUGGUAACGGUAUCACGGGCUCUUUACCAUUGUGGAUAGGAGGACUUAACAAUUUGACUAUAUUAAAUCUUGGUUCUAACUGGCUGGUUGGUGAAAUAAAUGAAGAGCACCUGGAAGCAUUGACAAAUUUACAAGUACUAGAAAUGUCUGAUAACUCUCUUUCCAUGGAGGUACACUCAAAUUGGAUUCCUUCAUUCAAAUUAAAGGUGGCCAGUUUCAGAUCAUGCCAGCUUGGACCUGCGUUCCCAUCAUGGAUUAGAUGGCAAAGGAGUAUCAAUGUUCUUGACAUUUCAAAUGCAACCAUAUAUGACAAUGUACCCGAUUGGUUGUGGGUCGUAGUUUCAACAGCUUCCAUUUUGGACAUGUCAAAAAAUUUAUUAACUGGCACAUUACCAGCAAGUCUUGAAAUGUUGGCGGCAGAAAUCAUUGACCUUAGUAGUAACAGAUUUGCAGGUCCAGUUCCACGUUUUCCCAGAAAUGUACAGUAUCUUGACCUCUCCAGAAACAAUUUAUCAGGAACACUACCAGACUUUGGAGCCAUGAAUUUACAGAUUUUUUCUCUUUAUAACAAUUCAAUUUCUGGCAGUAUACCAUUGUCGCUGUGCCUCAUGCAACACCUGUAUAUACUAGACCUAUCAGGAAACAUGUUAUCAGGAGAGUUGCCCACUUGCAAAGGAGAUUCCGAUUCUUACAAAUAUAUGCAUGCACUUAACUUAAAUAGCAAUAAUCUUUCAGGAGUUUUCCCGUCAGCUCUUCAGAUGUCCCAAGAUUUAAUUUUCCUUGAUCUUGCAUAUAACCAAUUCUCUGGGAAUUUGCCAGCAUGGUUAGGAGAUAAGUUGCCAUCCCUAGCAUGGCUACGACUGCGGUCCAAUAACUUUUCUGGCAAUAUUCCCAUUCAACUUGCAACGAUUCAAGGGCUUCAAUAUAUUGACCUUGCAUGUAACCGCAUUUCUGGUCAAAUACCUGAGUCCAUGGUGAACUUGAGUGCAAUGGCUCGCUCCAACGGAUAUAGUUCCCUUGAUGAAGUAGAAGGAUCUGGAAUCGGCGGCGUGGAAACUUAUAGUCCUACGAUUUUCUUUACAGAGACCACGUCAGUUCUAACCAAAGGGCAACAGCUUGAAUUAUCUCAAGGAAUUCAGUACAUGGUAAAUAUUGAUUUAUCAUGUAACAAUUUGACUGGGCAAAUUCCUCAAGGCAUUAGUGCUCUGGUUGCUUUGAAAAGCUUGAAUGUUUCUUGGAAUCAUUUAAGCGGGAGAAUUCCCAAUAACAUUGGUGACCUCAAGGCAUUGGAGUCCCUCGACUUAUCACAUAAUGAGCUAUCUGGAGAGAUCCCUUCUAGCAUAUCAGCUCUAACUUCUUUGGCCAGCUUCAACCUCUCGUAUAACAAUCUAAGCGGAAGAAUACCAACAGGGAAUCAACUUCAGACGCUAGCAACUGAUGACCCGGAAUCGAUGUAUGUUGGAAACAUUGGUUUAUGUGGUCCUCCACUCCCAAAGGGUUGCCCUGGAAAUGGAACAAGUAAUUCUCCAGUUGAUGAGCCUGAGCAGAAGGACAAUGGGAUGGUGAACUCCAUCUACCUGAGCAUGAUUAUCGGGUUCGUGUUUGGCCUUUGGAUGGUGUUCUGCAUUAUGUUGUUACAUAAGGGACUGAGGUAUUCCUAUUUCGCCUCCAUUGAUUACUUGUAUCACACGAUGUGCGUUCAUGUGGUUGUCACUUGGAACUUCUUGAUGAGAAGGUAAUUCUUAAUGUUUUACAUCGUGUGACACGUAUAACUAUGCUAUGUAUUUGUAGUUUGUGUAUGAAGCACAAGAGAAUGGUUAUUACUGUAUUUGUUAUAGUGUGCACGGCACCACCAGUGUAUCACUGUAUAAUGGUUCCUUCUAUGUAUCCAAGCGCAGUGUGCGAUGACCCAAAAAAGAUUUAAAGUAUCCCUUC